ACAGAUACCAAUCCAGCUCCACUCCCUUGUCUUCUACUGCUCGUCUUCUGCUUGUUGAUGGCACGCCACUUGCUGAUGCCACUCUCUACAAGCAAGCUCUUGGCCCUCUUCAUUAUCUACUUUGUACUCGGUCUGACGUUGCCUUCGCCGUCAACAAGCUGUCUCAAUUUAUGCAUGCACCAACUGAACUUCAAUGGCAACAUAUUAAACGACUUCUUUGCUAUCUCAAGGGCACGGCUUCUCAUGGUCUUGGCCUAUCCACACCUGCAAUGUCCUCCCUAGUUCCCUUGUUGAUUCUGAUUGGGCAGGCGACCCCAACGAUCGUACCUCCACGAUGGCGUAUCUGGUCUAUUAUGAGGGCAAUCUUAUUUCAUGGAAGUCCAAGAAACAGCGCUCGGUUGCUCGGUCUAGCACGAAAGCGGAGUACAGGGCUCUUGCACAUGCCACCGCCGAGCUGUUAUGGAUUCAGAACCUUCUGUCCGAGCUCCAUCAUCUCAUCUCGUCUCCACCGAUAAUCUACUGCGACAACCUCAGUGCGGUCAAAUUCUCUGGCAACCCAAUUCACCACUCACGCAUGAAGCAUUUGGCUCUCGACUAUCAGUUUGUUCGUGAGCUCGUUCAAUCCUUUGCUCUUAGGGUCCUACAUAUUCCAAAGGCUCACCAGCUUGCCGACUCCCUCACCAAGCCACUACCCAUUACUCAAUUUCAACGGCUUUGAUCCAAGAUUGGGGUCGUCCCCAUCCUCCAUCUUGCGGGGCAUGUUAAGAACACUACUUAAGUUAGUAAUUAUUUAUUAUUGUAUUUACUUAUUAUCACUAGUGGUUUAGAUCAUGGAUGUAGUGGCCCCUUGUUUGUAGCUACAUAAGUUAGCUUUAUGUUGAAGAGAAGGUAUUUAACAUACCUCUCUUACCUAAUACAAACUACAUCAUUCAAACCUAAUCAAGUCUCCACACAUUGAUCCUUAUAACAAGUUUUGAAUAAAGUCCUCUCUAAAAAAAGUUAUAAUGAAGUCAAGUACAUGGAAUUGGAUAUGGAUCAUUCAAUGAUGUCACUAGAAUCUAAUGAAAAAAAGAUUGUAACUUUUUUUCUUGGCCUUUAGGUGAUUAUGUUAAUUAAUAAAAGCAUGCGCAAAAUCUCCCUUUUCUAUGGUGUGAUUAACCUUUUUAAUUGUGUUCAAAACUCAAUCCCAACUUCCAUUUGCUAGUAGUAAAUGGAUUCGCAAUUGAGUGGGUAUAAGAUCUCUUUCAAGCCUAUCAUCAUGGUAUGGCUAGUCAAAAGAGCCUCCCCUUUUGUGCUUCUAAUGCCAAUUACUUUCAUAAAUUUUCUUUUUUUGCAGUGCUUGAAGGAAUUAAUGGCGAAAAAAAUGACAAAAGGUAGGGGCUUAGAUAAAUAAAGUCAAAUACCAUGCACUUACAAGUUAUAAGCACACACAGGAUAUCAUAUAAAAUCAGCUAGAGUAUUGAAGAGAUUUAGGUGGCUAUGACAAAUGUCACAUGAUGAUAUGGGUUCUUAAGGAUAACUGAUAAGUCAGAAAUUUAGGUAUUUUAAAUAUAUGCAAAGAAUGUUCUAACUUGGAUUAUUAAUCAAACAGAAUAUGAAAAUCUAAUGAAGAUCAUACGUAAACACAUAGCUUAAAUAUGCAUCCAGAUUAUUCGUAGUAUGGAAAUCUAUAGGGAAAUCUUAAUUUUGAGUAAAGUGAACUUCCCACUUGAAGUAUAACAUCUAUCGAGUAGCGGUACCUAGACAUAGUCUAGGUCAAUGUGAUUGACAUGUUGUGUUAGUUGGAAUGCAACAUCAAAAUCAGUCUAUGGAAUUACUCGUCCAAACUCCUUUAUACAAAUCCAGACUAAGACCAUGCAAAAGUAACUUAUCAGACAUCAACUAUGUUCUUGCUAUGAUUUCAUCUUCGAGAUUUAUCCUAGAAGUCUUAUAAACUAGGCCACUUCCCCUUCAUAGUGUCGCCUACCAAGGUCGGAUAUGGAGAGUGACAUACAUAUAAAGUCGUCAAUGUAACAUUAGUUAAGACUUGACUACUUUCUCUCAACGGAUACAUAAAUGCUCUCUCAGAGGUCCUCCUAGGCCCUAACAUGUGUAAUUGAUCAUAAACAUCCUGGAUAUGUCAGCACAAGUGUUGAUCUGAUGGAUGAUUUGCGGAGAGGUCUUAGAACUAUUUUGAAACAUUGAACCUCAUCCAUUGUAGCUCUUAGAGGAUUCAAAGUAUCACAUAAUAUUUCAAGAGAGCUCAUAGUAAGCUCAAAGGAACUUAUGAUAUCUAGGAAAUACGAAAGGAGAACUUGACCUAACUCAGAUGAACUUGGAGAUGCUUACUCUAGGUCACUAUAACUAGACAUAGCUCAACCAUAAUAUAUUAUAGAUCACUUAGCUCAUACUUGCGAGAGCAUAGCUCAAUUCAUAUCCAUGACACUUCUAGUAGCUCAAGUCAACCAAAUGCGGGCAAAAAGCUUGUGCAAGCUAAGGACACUUAAUACGUGGUAAUACGUGCUCAAGUAAUAUGUGGUCGAGUUCUGGAGUGAUGUGGCAUGACACCUUGGUCAACCGGAAACUCACCAAUGACGUGAUGCCAUGUGGAUGAUAACUAUACCAUAAGACGAUGAUAUCGUGCUAACUAGCUAAUAUGGAUGGCCUAUGUUUUUUUCAAAUAAUAUUUCAAACAAAAC